UUUUUGUAUAUAUAAGACAGAUAGCACAACGCCGCCGCACCAUCUCAAACUCAAAACCCCAAACUCUAUCCCUAAUCGGUGUUCUCUGCAGUUGUCUCCAUAACCGUGGUUUAUGAUCUGAGACAUAAGCCUUACAGCAUCCAUCCAGCCGUCCAAAUAUUGAAGCUUUCAGUUGUUGGCUUGGUAUCCCUGCAAGUUCUGCUGUGGUAGAUUCCAAGGUGAAGGAGUCACGUUAAAAUUUCUUUCAUGUUUGAACAGGCUACAAUUGAGCUGCUUGGAGAGUAUUUUUCUUCUUCUAGAAAAAAUUACAGACCCUUGCCGCUGAGAGUUAGCUGUAUGCAUCGUGAGACUAAUCAGAAAAUCUCUGCGUUUUCUGGUAGCGGUUGGCCACCUUCCAUAAUCACAGAAGGAGAGUCUUCAGGAGUACAAGCAGCCUUAGAGGCCAACAUUGCAGCUGCAUAUAAUUUGAAUUCCAACAUUUACUGCCUCUGAGCAUCUCUGAAACUUUGCAACUCAUCAUGGCCUUACAGAACAUUGGUGCUGCAAAUAGUGAUGAUGCCUUCUAUAGGUAUAAGAUGCCUAGAAUGAUUACCAAAAUUGAGGGUAGAGGUAAUGGCAUCAAAACCAAUGUUGUCAAUAUGGUUGAUAUUGCAAAGGCUUUGGCGAGGCCAGCAUCUUACACAACAAAGUAUUUUGGUUGUGAACUCGGGGCCCAGUCAAAAUUUGAUGAGAAGACUGGCACUUCUCAUGUUAAUGGAGCACAUGAUACUGCAAAGCUUGCUGGCCUUCUCGAGAACUUCAUCAAGAAAUAUGUCCAAUGCUAUGGUUGUGGAAAUCCUGAAACUGAUAUUUUGAUUACUAAGAAUCAAAUGAUCCAGCUGAAAUGUGCUGCUUGUGGAUUUAUGUCUGAUGUGGAUAUGAGAGACAAGCUGACCACCUUCAUCAUUAAGAACCCUCCUGAAGUAAAGAAAGGAUCCAAAGACAAGAAGGCCAUGAGGAGAGCUGAGAAGGAGAGAAUGAAGGAAGGGGAAGCAGCUGACGAGGAACUGAAAAAACUGAAGAAAGAGGUUAAGAAGAAAGGCCCUUCAUCUUCAAAGGAUGGCACCACAAAAUCCACAUCAUUGAAGAAGAAAGCAAGUGGCUCUGAUGAAGAUCGUGUCUCGCCCGCUCAUAGUCAAAUUGAUGAGAAAGAGGAGGCUCAUGAUGAAGAUGACGAUGAUGUACAAUGGCAAACUGAUACAUCACUAUAUGCUGCUCGUCAACGUAUCCAAGAGCAGUUAAGUGCCGUGACAGCUGAUAUGGUCAUGCUCUCCACAAAUGAACCGGAGAAGAAGGAGAAAGAAGCAACUAAGGCGAGUGAUAAUUCUGAGAAUGGUAACUCUAUGCACUACAGGACACUGGUUGGGGAAGUCAAAUCAAAUCUGAAGAAGGGUGUUACAGCCAAAGAAUUGCUGUCCAAUCUGGCAGCACUUCCUGCAUCUGCUCAAGAAAAGAUGAGUGCUCUCUAUGAAGCACUAUUCGAGGGCAUUGAGAAAGGGUUUGGAAAGGAAGCAAUUAAGAAGAAGAACUACCUUGCUGCUGCAGUUGCUGAGGAAGAGGCUCUGCAGUUGCUAUUGCUGCGUGCAAUUGAGGAAUUUUCUUGCAAGUCCACUUCCAAUGCAUUAAAGGAGGUUGGCCUGGUUCUGAAGGCACUCUAUGAUGCUGAUGUGUUGGAUGAAGAUCAUAUAGUGCAGUGGUAUCAACAAGGGCUGAAAGGCGAUAACAAGGACUCUAUGAUUUGGAAGAAUGUUCGACCCUUCAUUGAUUGGCUUCAGACUGCGGAAUCAGAAUCAGAGGAAGAAUAAUGUGUGCUCAUUUCAUAAUAUAGAGGAACAAUGAUGUUCUUAUAUUCACCGUUGCUUUGUUUGGUUGUGUUGUGUCUUUUAAUUCGAAUAAAGGGUCUUGCCGGCCCUUGUGUUGUUGAACUACUACUCUAAACUUUUUAAGUUGUGGGUGGAGUGCAUGUCUUUCUGGACAAUGUUGUUUGUUUGCAUGAUAUAUGUACGUUUCAGUGAGUUUUAUGUAGUGUGGUUGUGAUAUAUUUUUCUCGACGAUUAUUGUGUUUUAACAAAGCCCGCCUGGAUAUUAUUGAUGCCGUUUUAUGUCAUGU